AUGUCAGACCUCACUCCGCGUCAAUCCCGCACGAUAGGCGCUCUUUUGGGCGUACAUGCUGGCGACGCCCUCGGCGCAGCUCUCGAGUUCCGAACCCACACCUCCAUUCGCUCCGAAUACCCAUCGGGCCUCCGCUCUAUCAUCGGCGGUGGCUUUCUCCGAUGGCCCCCUGGUCAUGCCACUGAUGACACGGAUAUGACCCGUGCCGUUCUACUCGCCUACCGUGACCACAGACGAAAGGAUAAGGACGUGGUCAAAAUGGCGGCCGACUACUUCGUCAAGUGGCUUGAGGGCGACUGGCCGGACCGUGUUCGAGGAUCCAGGCCUGUGGACAUUGGAAACACAACGGCCAAGGGCCUCCGGCUCUACAAAAGAACACGAGAUCCAUCAAAAGCAGGGUCUGGCGCAAAAAGUGCUGGCAACGGAAGCCUGAUGCGCUGUAUCCCGACGGCGCUUUUCCAGCCCUCCCCAUCUCUCCUCGUCGAGGAAUCUAUACGCAUCAGUCGCAUCACUCACGACGACCCACGGUGCACCGUUGCCUGCGCAGCCUACAACACCAUAGUUGCCCAACUUAUCUCGGGCGCCUCACCAAUCAGUGCUGUAGCCGCAGGGGAAGCUAUUUCGCUGGAAUUAGAAGGUGAUGGGGGUCCUGUCACGGCUGCCAUACGUCGAGGAAAGGAGCUCUCAAUAGCUGACACGGCGAGAGACGGGCCACCCAUUGACAUGAAGGGGAAAUUUGGUGGUUAUGUCCUCGGGUCACUUAUCUUGGCUGUCGCCGCGGUGCUGGAUCACAGGAGCCUUGAAGACGUACUAGUGGACGUUGUGCGAGUUGGGCAUGAUACAGACACCAAUGGGGCUGUUGCGGGAGGCCUCCUUGGAUCUCGAGAUGGUGUUGAGGGGAUUCCGUCGCAGUGGAGGAAACAAUUGCAGUUUGCUGAUGAGUUCCGGGAUAUCGCCUUAGAGCUGAUAAAGGAGUAA